AUGAUCGUAACAAUUAGCAAAGAGGUGAGAUAUAACAUCUUUUGUUAUACAACCCUAUAAAUAGCAUAUCCUCCCUUCGUCAUUAUUCAUCACUCACUCAAACAUAUUAAAGUAAAGAGAGAAAGUAAAGUAGUUGCCAGUAUAAUAUGGCUCUCAUCGUCAAGGCUGCCUGCUGCUUCCUAUUCUUCCUUGCCAUCCUCCAAUAUUCCCAUGUCUCCGCUGUUGCUCCCGCCCAUCCUCCCAAGUUGUCGACCUCCCCUGCCCCAACGUCAUCCAAUAUUCUUGAAAUCUAUUGCAAGGCGAAGUGCCAAGAGAGGUGCAAGGUGGUCCGGCCUUUUGGGAUGAAGUUGUGCGAGGAGGUGUGCACAAAGUGUUGCUUGAGGACCAAGUGCGUUCCAACCGGUCCGGUAGGGAUCAAGUUUGGCAAGUGCAAGAACUGGACCUUUACUCUCUACCGUGGCAUCCCUUACAAGUGCCCUUAAAACACACGCACAUUCCAUAUCACGUACAAUAUAAUGAUGCUAAUUACUUAUAUGUAUCCCUUAUUAUUAUACGUACUAUGAUAGCUAGCCUGCCUCCUCAUACAAACUUCAGUUUACCCCUUCGUCUGCUCAAUAAAAGCAUAUCUAUAUAUGCAGUCCACUAAAGUAUUCAUGCACGCUAGGCUAUUAUGUUUCACUUCUGGAGGUUUAUGUACAACUUGUCUAUAUUGAUGUCCAUAUGAAUAAAAAGGUCGACUUACAUAGUUGUCAAGUCUUCGAUCUCGUGAUCAAAUACGAUUUUACUAGUUCAACGAUAUCACAUGAAUAUUAUAUUUUCAGGGUGUUUGUGUUUGCGUGUCACAAAGUACUAGCUACUUUUAUCUCCUUCUUAACGAAUUUAAAUAGUAGUCAUGUAAUUGCUAUUCAUCCGUCUACUGUCAAUAUUUUUCAAGAAUUAUGUGAAGGAAGUAACAAAGGUUAAGAAUACGC